UGAGUUUGGGGGAGAGAGGGAGGAGGGGAGAGAGUGGGAGAGAGAGAGAAGGAGAGAGAGUUCACCGGGUAUGUGGAGCACGAGCAACAUUUGAUGCGUCCGGCCUCAUUUUUUUCUUCUUCUGUUUUUUUUUUCUGUGCAAAAGCUGGUUCUUGGAAUUAUGUGUCAUUUCUACCUCCUGGAGCCUCUCAGCUGAGACACUCUGCUAUCAGGAGCGAACAGGCGGCCGCCCAGCCUACUGUCACACACGGGCACACGCGCACACACGAAUAAACACUCCCACAGAGUGCUGGAGAUGAGCACAGGCACACAUACAGCUGCAGCCAGGAGUGCAGUGGCUCUGGGAUAAGGAGUGCUUUUUUUCCAGGGAGCAGGGGGAUGUCUGUGAAGCUGCGAUUUGAGUGCCCGGCAGAGAGUGGCAUCGUUCAGAGGAGCCGCUCCUUCGCGGGAUUCAGCACGCUGAACAGCCGGCGCAGAGCCUCCUCUGUAAGGAGCUCGCUUCGGUCCAAGGGCUCGUCGGGGAAAUAUCCCAGGAUGCCUCAGUCUACUGGCAGGGUAGCUAGCAGUGUGUGGGGGCCGCAGCCCGAGCAGGUGGACCGGAUAUUCCAGGCCUUGCGGAAGGGGCUGAAGGAGUACCUUGAGGGCCAUCAGGCAGAAAUGGACUUCCUGUCCUCUCAGCAGAAGGACAGCAAAAGAAACUCCAGACUGGCUUUUCUAUAUGACUUAGAAAAGGAGAUCCGAGCUUUGGAGAGAUACAUGCGAAGGCUGGAGUUCCACAUCAGUAAGGUGGAGGAGCUCUACGAAACCUACUGCAUUCAGUGGCGCCUGUGUCAGGGGGCGGUGAACAUGAAGAGGGCCUUCUCCCUCUCUCCGUCCUCCCGGGCCUCCAGAGACAGCCUGCUGGAGCUAAACCGAAACCAUCGCCACAGUCUGGAGGACAUGUGCAUCAUGGAGGGAGAACUGGAGAUCCUCUUGGGAGAGCUGCACAUCAAGAUGAAAGGAUUGAUUGGCUUUGCUCGUCUGUGUCCAGGAGAUCAGUAUGAGGUGCUGGUCCGUCUCGGCAGACAGAGGUGGAGGAUAAGGGGGAAGAUUCAGACGGACGACCGCCAGUUGUGGGACGAGGAGGAGAUGGUCUUCCUCCCUCACAUCCACGAGAACUUUGAAAUAAAGGUGACAGAGGUGAAGGGGCUGGGCUCAGUGCUGGUGGGCGUGGUCACUUGUGAGAGUGCUGACUUCUUCAUGGCCCGGCCACAGAUAAUGGUGGUGGACAUCACUGAGCUGGGAACCAUCAAGCUCCAGCUGGAGGUGGUGUGGAACCCCUUCGACAGCGGUGAGAUGAGGCCGAUCUCCACCUCAUCGAGUAAGCUGUCCGUUCACAGCAGGAAGGGCUCUCUCUACAGCUGGACACCUCCCAACACACCCAGCUUCACGGAGAAGUACUUCAUCUCCAUGGUCAAGCAGCUUCAGGACCCUGAGAACUCGUUUCCCCUGAGCCGGCGCGAGUCACGGGGGGUGUCUCUGCUGAGCUACCUGUCCGACUCCACGCAGACCUUCCCAAACUCCUUAUUCAGGGAGGGCGAGGGAGAGAGCAGUGAGGAGAGACCACCAGACACGCCGGACAGUCUGGGGCAGGGCAGUCCCCGGGAGAAAGGGGACUGCUGGCCUCCAGACCCUGACACCGGCCCGCCGACCCCCGAAGAGAGCAAGCCUGGGUCCCCACUGCCCCUCCAUCGCUACAGUACCCCAGAUAUCCUCAGGCAGAACGGGGGCCCCGCCCCCUCAAAGGAGACGGAGAGCUGCGUGAACACCUCCACAGAAACCCGUCCAGAAGAGACUCUUUCCUUCAAAGGCUCUGAGGAGCCAGCUCAGACCCGGCCGGAGGUCAGCAGAGGUCAGAGAAGGGCAUUGGCCCUGCGCAUCAGCGUUCUGCUGGGUGACCUGGAGGGGGCGCUGCAGAGACACAGUUGUCCCGAAAAGGAACUGAAGAGACUAGAGAAGCACAUCCUCAACUUCAAGAACAUCUUAAAAAAUGAUCUUUACAUCCACAAGACCACCUCCACCGAGACGCUGGCUGUUGAGGAAGUCCUCGAAAGCUUUGACUUCCUGUCCACUGAUUUCAAUGCUGAUGAGAUCUCCUGUCUGGGCAGUGUGCGGCUGGGAGACACCGGAAUCGGGUCAUUUCAGGAGAGCACUCUGAGAAGCCUGGGGCUUCUUGCACAGGACGUCCCAUCACCAGAGGAAGCUAAUUACAUCCCACUGACCACCGGGAAUCACAGCUUGGACCAAACCCUAGAAGUGCACCUAGGAAUCUGCAAUGUGCUGCUGCAGCAAAUGAAGUACACAGAUUCUUCUCUUGCCCAGAAGGAACUUUUGGAAGAACUAUCUCAACAUCUUGAUGUUCUAGAGAAGGUCAGCAAGUUGUCACUGGAGAAGAAGAUAGACUCCUACUCAGCAACAGACAUCAUUCCAAGGGCUCAGCGGCAGAAGGGGCUGCUGGCGUUCUGGGAAGAGUGCACCCAGGACGCCUCUGUCUUCUGCUGCUUGGCGGAAACCUUCGUCAAGGUGCUGCGGAAGCGCUUCAUCCACAAAGUCAAAGCAAAGCAGCCGGGACAGGCAGACGCAGUUUUCACGCAGCUCCUGCAGCAGGUCCUUUCCACCUGCCGGAUGGUGCCCACACCCCAGUACAGCCCGGGCCAGGUGACCAUCUUCCAGUUCUUCAAUUAUCUGACCAGAUGGGGCCUGACAGAUUUCGGGGAGCACAUCUCCCAUCUCAGCAAGGAAGUGCACCUGGUGACGGCCCUGGAGAGUCCUGAGAGGAGGAAGGCCUUGAAGAGGCUGAAGGGGAAACGGAUCGCGGAGCUGCAGCCCCUCGGCCGCACCCUGCAGCUCCUGGCCCGUCUGCAGACCGACGACAACCACAAGGUCUCCCAGGCCGCAACCUCCUGCCUCUGCAAAGUCUCCAACUUUAAGACCCUCAGAGAAAAGGCUAUAGUGUAUUACACUGAGAUGCUGAAGGACAGCAACGCACGGCUCCAACAAGCAGCCUGUCUGGCACUGAAGUGUCUCAAAGCGGCGGAGAGCGCGGAGCAGGUGGCGGAGCUGUGGCGGUCUGCGGAUGAGGACCUGCGCAGCGUGGCCAGGGAGACGGUGCUGUCCUUCGGUAAAAAGGGCCAUCUUGCAUUUCAGAGAAUGGAUCAGAUUUGCUGUGAACUACAGGAGGAGGCCUACCAGAACCUGGACACUGAAAUCACUAUAUUAUGAAUGAGCAGAACUUCUCUGUCUGUGUAGUGCAAAAAGACUGAGAUAGCCUCCCUUCCUUGGUAGUGCCCCUGGACUGUACAGCUUGUCAGAGGUCGCCACGUGCAAGGAGAAUGGCAAGACAUUUUAGAAGACUGGAGCGAUCCACUGCUCAUACUGACAUGAGUCUGGAAGUUCCCAGCUUUACCAAGCGAAGGAUUUUUUUAAAAACAAGAAAUGCUGCAGCAGUGAUCUCAGGAUGUUAGCAAAAUCUCUUUAAAGGGCAACUACAGCGAUUCCCUCAAAAACAAACCCAAGGAAACUGUUUAGUUGGACAUAACGAGUAUUUACAAUGCACCUUCUUUGGAGCACUCCACUGUGUACAUCCAACUUCUUGCUCUGAUUUCAAGCUUUGAAGGACAUAAAAUGCAUUAGUUAAUGUUAAGAUCCAUUAAGAUCAAUAUGCUAAAUGUAACAGCAAGGUUAGGUAUUUACAGCAUUUUGGAUAACAGCUGUUAACCAGCAUCUCACUACUUUACCUUAAUCUGCUAUUGGGAAAAGGUUGCCUGAGUUGUUCUGUAUUGUGCUUCUGAACUACAGUGUUUUUUAAAAGGUCUAAUCUCAGGGGAGAUGCUGAAAGUGUCAAAAAAGAUUUACACCAUCCUACACAAAUGCAGGUGCUUUUUGCUCACUUGAAUGUUCAGAGUACCACCAUUAAGUGGUACAGGUUGUUGCUAGGGGUGAAGUAUAUCAUUAUUAUAGCUCCAAAUAAGAUUAAUGACAGCCAGCAUACAUUAUGUUACUGAACCAAUUACAAGGGAAAGCAAUCACUAGAGUUCCAAAAGUCCCAUAUCCUGCCAUCGCAAAUCAUGCAAUGGACACGUUUAUGCUAAGGUGAUUAUACGAUAAAAUCAUAAAUCAUUUAACAGCUAGUGGUAAACGGACUGAAAUCCAAGAGGGAAUUAUAAUUAGACUUGCAUUUCGUGAAAGACUCAUUCAUUUUACACCCAGAUACAGGCAUCUGCUGGCUAAUGAAAUUAAUUUCUAAACAUAUUCAUAUACAUUCAUGAAAGAUAUUUUUAUAUGACAUUUUCCUUUGCCAAAUGCUGGUGGAAAACAAACAUGGAGGUACAGUGGGAGAAGCAAGUGACUACUACAAUGGCAUGUUUCAGCCCCUCUGUACAUGACAUUCUUCUUCACUGGCCUUGAAUCUUUCCAGAAUACUGCAAAGAAUGCACCAUAGCAGCUGUUUAAUGAACAUUUUCACACCACAUGGACCUGGUGCCAGUUACAUUAAAUGCUUAAAAAUAAUUGGCCAGCCAAGCAUCAAGAAUAAGAUCCUAGUCAUAAUUUUGACAUAGUUUACAAUUUAAUCUCUUGGUAAACAAGGAAGUAGAAGUUGCUCAGUGCAUAAUGGUGCACAAUUUUUAGUAAAGUCACAAAACUGCUAUAUUUAUCCUUCCAUUUUAAAGAUUCUCAUAACAUAUCAAUACCACAGAAACUCUCAGCAAAUAUGGUCACCUAAAAGAUUGCAAAUGACACUAUUCUAGUAGAAUUCUCAUUGAACUCAUUUCCACAGUGCGGACUGUCGUAUCAGUAUAGCCAGGAAAACACUGCUCUUUUGUACGUGUCCUUUCAUGUGACAGUACCUUAAGGGAUGAACCACUCUUUUUGAAGCCUGACCAAAAUAAAGC